AUGAGUCCUUCAACGAGUCUUGACAAAGAUGAACAGGGAAUCCCUGUUGAUGAAACUAAGUAUCGUGGAAUGAUUGGCUCAUUACUGUAUCUGACUGCAAGUCGACCGGAUACUUUGUUUAGUGUGUGUAAAUGUGCCAGGUUUCAGUCAGCUCCUAAGGAAUGUCGUCUGACUGCAGUAAAGAGAAUCAUUCUAUAUCUCAUUGGAACUGUGUCCAUGGACUAUGGUGAUAAGGAAGAUAUAAAGAGCCAAAGUGGUACAUGUCAAUUACUUGGAAAAGCAUUGAUAUCCUGGAACAGUAAAAAACAAGCAUUAGUUGCAUUAUCUACCACUGAAGCUAAAUACAUUGCUAUUGGACAAUGCUGUGCACAAUUACUGUGGAUGUCCAUCAACUGGUGA